GUUCAGUGAAUGAGAACCAGAGACCAUCAAAUUCCUAUAAUGGAGACCUGAAUGGGCUGCUGGUGCCUGAUCCCAUUGUGGCUGGAGAUGGACCAUCUCUGGCUAAGCCAGUGCAUCGCAGCAUUUCUCUGGGAGCCCUGCAGGAGAAGCAAGUCAUCUGCCUUUCUGGUGAUGACAGCUCCACUUGCGUAGUGAUAUCGGCAAAGGAUGUGGAGAUAGUGGCCAGCAGUGAUUCCAGCAUCACCAGUAAGGCCAGAGGGAGUAACAAGGUGAAAAUACAGCCUGUUGCUAGAUAUGACUGGGAGCAGAAAUAUUAUUAUGGCAAUCUGAUAGCUGUUUCAAACUCUUACCUGGCUUAUGCCAUUAGAGCUGCCAGCAACGGCUCCGCCAUGGUGCGGGUGCUGAGCGUCAGCACUGCCGAGCGGACCUUGCUGAAGGGCUUCACAGGCAGCGUGGCAGACCUGGCUUUUGCUCAUCUCAACUCCAACCAGUUGGCGUGUCUGGAUGAGGCUGGGAACCUUUUCGUCUGGCGCCUGGCCAUGGAUAAAGAGAAAAUCCAAGAGGAGAUCUUGGUUAACAUCAAGCGACCUGGCAACACCCCGUUGAACACCUCUCGAAGAAUCAUCUGGUGCCCUUUCAUCCCAGAUGAUAAUGAGGAGAGUGGUGAAGAGGGAAGUCAAACGUUGGCAUUGCUGCAUGAGGACAGGGCAGAGGUGUGGGAUUUGGACAUUAUCCGAGCGAACAACAGCUCCUGGCCAGUGGAGGUGCCUAGCAUCAAAGAAGGCUUCAUCGUAGUGAAAGGCCACAGCACGUGCCUGAGCGAGGGAGCCCUUUCUCCAGAUGGAACUGUGUUGGCCACAGCAAGCCAUGAUGGUUUUGUCAAAUUCUGGCAAAUCUAUAUUGAGGGGCAAGACGAGCCAAGAUGUCUUCAUGAGUGGAAGCCCCAUGAUGGCAGGCCUCUGUCCUGCCUGCUCUUCUGUGACAACCAUAAAAAACAAGACCCAGAGGUUCCCUUCUGGAGAUUUCUCAUCACAGGAGCAGAUCAGAACAGAGAACUGAAGAUGUGGUGCACUGUGUCUUGGACCUGUCUGCAGACUGUGCGGUUUUCUCCUGACAUCUUCAGCUCCAUGAGUAUUCUUCCCAGCCUGAAAGUCUGCCUGGACCUCUCCGCUGAAUAUCUGAUACUGAGCGAUGUGCAGAGAAAAGUCUUGUAUGUGAUGGAGCUGAUGCAGAACCAAGAAGAGGGCAAAGCUUACUUCAGCUCCAUCUCGGAGUUCCUCCUCACCCACCCAGUCCUGAGCUUUGGCAUCCAGGCGGUGAGCCGCUGUCGGUUACGACACACCGAGGUGCUCCCAGCAGAAGAGGAGAAUGACAGCCUGGGUGUCGAAGGUGCUCAGGGAGCUGGGGCUGUUGAAUCCGCAGCGGGUGUGCUGAUAAAACUCUUCUGUGUGCACACCAAGGCCCUGCAGGAUGUGCAGAUUAGAUUCCAGCCUCUCCAUAGCCCUGACAUGAGUGCAUCUGUGCCUGCCCAUGGCUCUCAUGAAGACUUUGCCUUUCCAGACCACAUGGCUGAUCUAAACACAGAAGGGCUGGGCUCUGAAAAGGGGUCAGUGCAUGGCUCUCAACCAGACCUGCGGCGUAUCGCUGAUCUGCCGGUACCAGCAGACUUCCUGUCUCUCUCCAACGAUGCCAAACCUAAACUGAUGACUCCAGAUGCAUUCAUGACACCCAGUACAUCUCUUCAACAGAUCACUGUUUCUCCAGGCAGCAGUGUCAGUUCCCUGACUGCAGUCACAGCGAUGAGCAGCACUUCUGUCACAGAUACUUCUAUGCCCAGGCCAUCAGAAGACUUGACUGUGAGCCCAAAGAUGCAGCUGGACACCAGCCUCACACUGAGUAGCAGCAGCAGCAGCCUCCAGGCUAGUCCUAGGAGCCAUUCCGUUCUUAUCCCCGGCCUCCCUGACAAGCUAACACCAAAGGCACCUGUUCCAGUCGCAGCAGGAAACCCCUCUCUAGCACUGGAACUGCAGGAGGUGGAGCCCUUGGUGGUACCCCAGGCUUCUCCCACCCGUGAGCGCUCGCCAGACGUCAUUUCCUCUGCUUCCACAGCCAUGUCCCAGGAUAUCCCAGAGAUUGCUUCUGAGACCUUGCAGCGCAGCUUUGGGGCGGCCCCGGGCGGGCUCCCCGCGGAGGUGCUGGAGCCCUCUCACCACGCCGACACGAUGGCCUCCGCCGCCUCCGCCUUGCACCUGCUGUCGCCGAGGAACCGGCACGGCUCCGAGCACAGCCACCACUCUUUGGACAUGCCUCCAGUGGAGGUGGACAGACUGAACGCUCCGUCCUUACUGGAGACGGCCUUAACUCAGGAAAACGCGUCUUCUGACAGCGUCGUGAGUCAGCCCUGGCCAGCGGCCCCUGACAUCACCAGGGAGACCAGGAACAGCAUGGAUUCCUCACAGAAUUAG